CUUGCCACCUCGCGCGUGCUAGCCCUGGACGCGGUCUACACCCAACAAGGAAGACCAGCAAUUAUGCACUGUCGUUCCUGAAUCAUGAUCGAUGCCUUCCCGUAGCCUUUCCAGCAAGUGACGCCGUUUCGGGCCACUAAGCUGACACGCCAGCUAUGAUCCUCCUACCCGGUUUCGCCCGCUUGGCGUCUUCUGGAACCUCUCAGCCGUCGUCAAAGGGACAAAAGGGGAGCGCUCGCACUGCCCUCGGACUCGCGUCGCUGCAGCGCAUGGCGACCGCGCUCAGCGGCUGGCGUGUGACGCCCACCGACGGCUUCCCGCAUCUCGAGAGGCUCCCACAGGACUUGGCAUGGCACGCUGCGUCAUUCUUGACUGCGCGAGAGCUCAUGAGAUGCGGCGAGGCUUGCCGCGCGCACGCGGCGGUCUGCCUCGAGGCGAACGAGCCGUGGGACGCGCUGCGGCGGCGACUCGCGCGAGCCGCGGGCGUUUCGCUCACGCGGCGGCCUGACGACGCCAAGACGCCGCCGGCGCGCCUGUUUUUCGCCGACGCGCGGGCGAUGCCGGACCGCGUGGCUGCGAGCGCAGCGGCAGACGCCUGCGUGCUCGUGGUGGACGGCCGCGCUCUGGACGUGACGGCCUUCCUGGACCAACAUCCUGGCGGCGGCGAGCUCCUGACGGAGUUUCGAGGGCGAGAUGCGAGCCUAGCUUUUGACGAGGUGGGCCACAGCUUCUUCGCGCGGGCGAUGCUCGACGCGUACGUCGUCUUCGCGCCGGAGCGCUUCGUCGGCGGGCGCCUCCCGCCGCGGCGGCAAAAUCGUUCCGCGGGCGACGAAAGGAGGACGCUCCUGAGGUAUGGCUUUGCGCGAAGCCGCAUGCGAGGUGAUGGGUAAAUUUUCAAGUUUGUAACACAACA